AUGGCGCAUACACAAGAUAAUCUCAUCGCAUUACAACUCGUUGCUUCAAUAGCUCUUGAAUCUUCCAAAAUUCUCUUCCCGCUCGCCAUCGCAAACCAAAGCGGACCAGCCGCGAACGUCGCGAUCCAACUCAAGUUCAUCGCAGAAAAUAUAUCUGAGCAAGAGCUUUCUAAAAUCCCCCCUGAAGCUCAAACUGUUUCUACAAAAGCUCUUCACGAUUUAUUACAGAUAGCCGAGUGGCCACCAUCCAAGACUUCCCGAGAUCAGCCCCAUAUAGAGAAGGGCCCUCAGGAGUUACGGCGUACACUCAUUCGUCUAUUUCAAAACGAGGAGUCUAAACGUCGGGUGCGACAAUCGGUUACCAAAUUUUGCAAAGAACGACCCAAUGUCAUCCAACCCUUUGCAUCACGCUUUACCUACCUUUCGGAUCUACUCAGCAAGAACAGCGUGGAAUCACAGUGGAAUCUUACCGGCACCGCUACUCAUUCGUCGCCUCCCCCUAGAGAUGUAUAUCCUGAUCAAGUUAACAAGUUGCUCAUCGACGGAGUUCAGAGUCAUGCGACUUGCAUGCGAGAAGGCCAUGUAGGUUCAGGGCUCCAGGCCACGGCAAGCCCCAAUUGGCAUACUACUAAGCUGUGUCUUGAAUCUGGAUUCUGUACAGAAGACAAAAGAGUACUUUUCAAGGUCGUAACCGCAACUUCGAGAAUGACACACUGGCAGGAAUUUGCCUUUAGAGUUCCGAUGCAACAGUGUAAAGAGAAAUUCGAUCCUUCCAUGUUUACUUUGAUCGCAAAUGGGGAUGCUUGCAAAUACCUCGAUAAUCCAACUUAUGCUAGACUCAGCAUUGUCGAGCAGAAGAUCAAGUUGUCUUAUACUGUCGCUCGGGCAUUCUGGCAGUUUUACAACUCGGAAUUAAUGAAUGUCAGAUGGACAAGUGAAGACAUCUUACUUUUCCGCUUGGAUCAGGAUAUCUCGCCUCCUGGAGACGUUCUUCUGAGAGUUUUCGUUUCCUUCCCCUUCGGCGACGAGGGCAAGAAAUCACCCGCAGAGUCCUACGACGAGGGGUAUUACACCCACCGGUAUCCACGAAUACUAUGCCUGGGGAUAAUUCUUCUAGAAAUUGGGUUAGGUCAGGCUAUAGAAAUGGGAAGUUCCUCAGAAUCAUUCUCGGUGGAACAUAUAAACCGUGUCCAUAUAAAAGCAGAAUUAAAGCUAAGGGAACUGAAAAAGACAAAGUGGGAUGGCUUUCGGUCGAAAGCCUGCUUUGAUGAAGCCGUUGAGAAUUGUUUGGAAUCCGUAAACUUCAGGGAGACAACAAACCGCCAGAGGACACAGCAUCAAAGCCAUUCCGUUAAAAAGCCGCACCUCUCAGAGAGGAGAGAUGCGCUUUACCGAAAGGUUGUUGCACCCUUGUUUAGGCUAGCCAUGGUGGGAUACCAAGACUCAGACGAACCACGAUUGAUCAGAAUUCCAAAUGAGGUACGUAGUAAAUCAAUAUCGGCCAACGAUGAGAUGUUACAACGUUCCUGGGAUGAAAUCCACCACACACACUCUUCGUUUCUCUCCGGCCACUCAGGGAACAGGGAAGGGUUCCUCCAUCAUCUCCAAGUUAUAGCCGGACACAUAACGCGCUGCCGACGAGUGGCGAAGACCAUAAAACCAAUCCGAGUCGCCAUAUUGGACACUGGAUGUUACAAAGAGCUAGAGUUUUUCAAAGACGACCGUAGGUCGACCCGGAUCAGGGGCUGGAAAGAUCUCACUACGGCAGGAUCGCACAGUGCAACCGACACUUUUGGCCAUGGGACAUUCAUGGCACGACUGCUCAUGCAUGUCGCGCCAAUAGCGGAUAUCUACAUCAUUCGCGUCGCAGAAAACACUGAAGACCUGGAGAGUCAUGAGCAGGACAUUGUCAAGGCAAUCAUACAUGCUGGACUGGGCCCGGAGUGGAAAGCUGAUAUCAUUUCUAUGUCUUUUGGAAUGUCCAAUGAACGCAAGCAGAAGUGUAGGAAUAUUUCAGAUGCCAUCGAUAAGGUCACAAAAGAACGCGAUGGUUCCGUUUUGUUCUUCGCAGCCGCCGGGAACCAAGGGAUAAGAAAAGAGAACUUCCCAGCCAGUCAUGGGGACGUGAUAUCCAUAUAUGCGACGAAUUCAGAGGGAGCCUUUUUGGACUCGAACCCAUCCCAAUCAGAUGAUGGGCCCAAGCUUCUCGGUACUUAUGGCGCUGAAAUUCCUCCCUCCAUCACGGAUGAAAUCCGAACGCAUUUCCCAGAUGCGGAUUUGAGCGCGGGGAGCUCAAUUGCAACCGCUAUCGCAGCUGGGAUUGCUGCCAUGAUGUUGUCAUAUGUUGCAGCACUGCCUUCAUUGCUCAACUACACGCCAUUUGAAACCGUGUGCGCUAAACUUCACACGAGGAGUGGGAUGCAGCAGAUGCUGUACUCUAUGUCAGUUCUCAAGGGAUAUAAACAUUACUUCAUCAAUCCAAUAGGGUUUUGGGGAGAGAGAAAAAAGGAUUUGGAGUUGCUCACCACUGUCUGCGCUGCAGUCGACAAAAUUAAUGACUAG